AUGUUGCGUAGUUCGAUGAACACAGCAGUCAGGAGGGUUGUACCCCUCAGGUUUGCACAGACACAGGCGAUUUCGCGGGCGGCUGUCACAAAUAUACAGGAACGGUGGGAGAAGAUGCCUGCCACGGAGCAAGACGAUUUGGUAGGGAAGUUGACCGAGCGUCAGAAACUGCCCUGGAGGGAGUUGACACAGCCGGAGAAACAGGCCGCGUGGUACAUCUCGUAUGGUGAGUGGGGGCCCAGGAAACCCGUUUUGGAAAAGGGUGACGGGUCGUUUAUCGCCAAAGGUGUUGUUGUCGGUAUGGUCGUUGCCGUCGGGUUCUUUGCCUUCAUCAGACAGUUCGCUGGAGAGGAGAGCAAGACCAUGACCAAAGAAUGGCAGUUGAAGUCUGACGAGUACUUGAAGUCGAAGAAUGCAAACCCAUGGGGUGGGUACUCCCAAGUGCAAUCCAAGUGA